AUGACGAUAAUAAAGGAAACAUCAGAACGCCCCUCAGUAUCGUAUUUUAGAUGACUGCUUAGGCCUGGAAGACACGAGUUCCACGGCAACUGCGCACUGUCGGAUUUUCUAUAUGGAUUUUCCGACCGGCCACCGAAAGGGAAAGAUGCUCUGGAAGGCGGCAGUGCAGCCUGGAAUGAUGCGGUCGUCUGACACCCCUUUCAAUAGAUGAGAAUGGGGUCCAUCUGAAACAUGCCACCCCGUGUUUCCCUGCGCAAAGUUUGCCUAGUUUUCAUCCUGGUGGCCGCCAUUUCUUUGUUCCUCUCGAUACAAGAUGGAUUCUCCUGGUAUACAGCCAACAGGUACUCCUGGAAGCAGAAUCAAGUCGAGGAGGAAUUGCCCAAAGUACAACCAACCGUAGUAGUACCUCAAACAAAGACUGUUGCACCGGAACCCUUGCAGGCCAGAACUGAGAGCGAUGAAGAGUACGCGAAGCCAAAAGGAAAAGCUUGGUUCUUUAAGGGUGGAACUGAGUAUCCGGAAAACAGUAAGGGUCAUCUGAGGUUGUUUCCUGAACAGCACGAGGGAGAUAGAAUCGAGGAGCAGCUUAUGUAUGUCCCAGAGGAAUUUCAGGAAUACGAGUCUCCAGAAAAGCUAAUUCUAGCCUAUAAUGGCCUUGGAACAUGGGCGCAAAAAUCAGGGUCCUUAGCCUUCCACGGAUGCCCGGUCAACAGAUGCUCUCUUACCGACGACAGAAACAAAGCUCAAGAUGCUGACGCCAUCCUGUACAAAGAUCACUUCAUCCAUCCUGGUAUAAUGAGACCCAAAAAUCAAAUUUGGAUCCUCUACUUUUUGGAAUGUCCGUACCACACCCAGAGCAUAAGGUUUGCGAAUUUGAUCAACUGGACGGCCACCUACAGGAGAGAUAGUGACCUGGUAGCUCCUUAUGAAAGAUGGACGUAUUAUGAUCCUCAGGUUAGAAGCAAACCCCAAACGCGUGACUUUGCAGCAAAUCGGACGAAAAAAGUGGCCUGGUUCGUUUCCAAUUGUAGUGCCAGGAAUGGAAGACUGGCAUACGCUAGAGAACUUGGAAAGUACAUUUCUGUGGAUAUCUAUGGUACCUGCGGCCCUCUGAAAUGUCCACGGACCGAUAAGAAAUGUUUCGAAGUUCUCGAAAAAGAGUACAAAUUUUAUCUGGCUUUCGAGAACUCCAAUUGUAGGGAUUACAUAACGGAGAAGUUUUAUGUUAACGGACUUGGUCACAAUGUUCUUCCAAUAGUCAUGGGUGCCAGACCGGAAGAUUACCAACGCAGUGCUCCUGAAGGUUCUUACAUCCACGUCGACGAAUUCAACAACCCCCGCGAAUUAGCUCAAUACCUCCAUCGAUUGGACAAGGAUAACGAUCUGUAUAAUUCUUAUUUCAAAUGGAAGGGUACAGGGGAGUUCAUCAACACCUAUUUCUGGUGUAGGUUGUGCGCCAUGUUGCACGCACCCUUGACGCACAGGAACUACGAGGACGUCAACGACUGGUGGAGGGGACCCGGAGUCUGCACGUCGAAGUCUUGGAGGAAUUCGGAUAACGGGUAGAAGAGAGGGGAUGGAGAGUUUUCCCCAAUUUUCUCGUUCUGGUAAUAGCGAACAAAGGAAAGCGAAGAACCCGUUUUCUCGCGUCUUUUCGAAUCAGAGAUUAAUUUUCACACAAAAGACAAAUUUAUAGAUGUUGGUUAUUGAACACCUCCAAAGAAAAAUCCAUAGAUGUCAUGAAGUAAGAGAAUGAAGGCACAAACUCAUAUUCCAUAAAUGAGAUGUAUGGCGGGUUUUAUGAAACUUUUAUCAAUUUCAGUUCCGUUUUUGAGACUUCCAUAGAUUUAAAACUACAAUCAUAGUAUAAGGAAAGGAUAGUAAGCCAACCGCCGCGCCGUUUGACGGCAAGGAAAUAGUCACCAGGGGUCGCUACUGUAGUUGGAUUUGGAGAAGUAACUCGAUAAUAGAUAGCGCUGA